GGGGUUCCCAGUCCCUCCCAGUAACUCCCAGUGCUCCCAGUACGCGCGGCUGGUGGAGAUCGUGGGCCAGCACGACCUGGGCGUGGGGAUCACGCUGGGAGCCCACCAGUCCAUCGGCUUCAAGGGGCUGCUGCUCUACGGGAGCCCUGCCCAGAAGGAGAAGUACCUGCCCCGCCUGGCCACAGGGGAGUGGGUGGCAGCUUUCUGCCUGACAGAGCCUGGCAGCGGCUCGGACGCCGCCUCCAUCCGCACGCGGGCCACGCCCAGCCCCUGCGGAACCUUCUGGACCCUCGAGGGGGAGAAGAUCUGGAUCAGUAACGGGGGCCUGGCCGAGCUGUUCACGGUGUUUGCCAAGACGCCGGUGAAGGACGAGCGCAGCGGAGAGACCAAGGAGAAAAUCAGCGCCUUCCUCGUCGAGAGGGGCUUCGGGGGAGUCACCCACGGUCCUCCCGAGAAGAAGCUGGGAAUCCGUGCCUCCAACACCACCUCGGUGCACUUUGACGGCGUGCGGGUGCCGGCUCAGAACCUGCUGGGGGCUCCGGGCGGCGGCUUCAAGGUGGCCAUGAACAUCCUCAACAACGGCAGGUUCGGCAUGGCUGCGGCCAUGGCCGGCACCAUCCGGGGCCUCACGCAGGCUGCGGUUUCCCACGCCUCCAACCGGGUCCAGUUUGGGGCCAAAAUCCACGAAUUUGGGGCCAUCCAGGAGAAGCUGGCCAGGAUGGCCCUGCUGCACUACGUCACCGAGUCCAUGGCCUUCAUGAUCAGCGCCAACAUGGACAGGGGCGACCCCGACUUCCAGAUCGAGGCGGCCAUCAGCAAAAUCUUCGGAUCCGAGGCCGCCUGGGCCGUGGCUGACGAGUGCAUCCAGGUCAUGGGGGGGAUGGGCUUCAUGCAGGAGCCGGGCGUGGAGCGGGUGCUGCGGGAUUUGAGGAUUUUCCGCAUUUUCGAGGGAACCAACGACAUCCUGAGGCUCUUCGUGGCCCUGCAGGGCUUCCAGACGCUGGGGGUGCAGCUCCGGGGGGUGCAGGCGGCGCUCAGGGACCCCCUGGGCAACGUCGGCCUCCUCACGGGGGAGGUGACGCGGCGGCUGCGCAGGAAGGCCGGGCUGGGCUCGGGGCUCUCCCUGCAGCACCUGGUGCACCCGAGCUCAAGGACGGAGCCCAGCAGGUGAGUCCUGACCCAAAAUCCCCCAA